AUGCUUCACUCCCAGCUUCCACAUCCCCCCGAACCAGUUAACGUCGACCCUCCAGCCUCCACACCAUGCUGUUCGACGACGAGAAUAGGCCAGUCCGACACCCUGCAUGUGAUACGCGCUCAAUACGCCGUGACGGCUCAUCACCACACGCAAGUGAAGAUACAAUCCCCAGGUCAAUCCCUCCCCGACAGGCACAGGAUCGCGCAGCCUCAAUCCCCCAUCUCGGGAGAGAGCUCUCAAGUGCCAUAUUCCUAUGCAGGCUUAGAUGAGCCACUUGGCUCGAAUACGAAGCACGGUGUCAUGGUCUCAUCGCUGGCCGCCAUCACUCCCAGGCCAACAAUAGAAGUUGUGCGCCCAGAAUUCUUGCAAUGGCUCAAGACUACUCUUGGUUCACAGGGCAACGAGUUCAAUCAUCUCUGUCAUUGUCUUGCGCAGAUCCACGAGCUUCAGUCCCAGUGGGACCGCUCCGACAAGGAUGGUUUCAUCACCGAGGACCUCGCCAGGAUGGACAAGACGACCUACGAUCUGCUGCAGUUGACAGUCGAUUUGACGUGGAAGUAUAAGGCUAAAGGCAACCUGGAGCUUGAACGAUGGGGCGUGUUUCUAUGUUGCGUGAGGAUCGACUGGUGGCGGCUGCGUGACACGGCGACCGUGAUAGCACCAACCUUUGAGGAAGACCUCACUUUUGGCAUCACAAGUGCAAUGAGUCGCGUGCUACGUGAAGCGGAGGGAGAUACCGUCUCUUCACGAGUGACAACAUCCCCCAGUUGCACGGUCACAACACCCCGUCUUUGCUUUUGUCUCAAGUACGCAUCCGUCCAUGCCGCUAACACACUUGGGCAAGGUGAUGCCCAGGAAACCAUGGUCUUUUGUUGCCUUGUGGCACAGAGCGUGAAGGAGUUCAUGUACAACAUAGAUAAGCUCUUGGAGGCUCUCCCUCACCUCCCUGUGCUGCAUGGCUUCGUCCUCAGCAUGAUCACUCCAGCAACUCAUGGAGACGAUGAUUAUGGUGUUCUGAAGAUUCCCGGUACUGGUGAGCGCAUGCAAAGCUGCAUGCUCGUAUACACCCGCGACAACUUCACGAGCUUUGUACAACACGCCGGAAGCCGUAUGACGUUGAGGCAGUGGGAAGAAGACGAUCACUUCAUGCACCACGCACGCAUCUACGGGCGUGAACCACCGGAGAGCUUCUUCCGGAAGCGUAAGGGCCCUGGACGCCUGUCUACACAGGAAGCUGUGUUGACUCGCCGCGAAGAGUUGCCGGACGAGAUUGCUCUCCGUGUGUAUUUCAAUGUCAGAUGGGUCGCGGGCAACAUGACGUGGAGACGUGAGCGGCGGGGGGUCUUGAACCUCGCAGUAGGAUCUGGGCCAUAUGGUCCGGGUGGUACAUUCCGCAGUGUGCUGUAUACAUAG